AUGUCAAAAGCAUCACGAAAAGUCUUACUGGGUUUUGUGGAUGAACAUAUCAAGAGUGAAAGCUGUUCUGAUGAUGCUUACACAGUAAAUAAAAUUGGAGGAUUGUCUAAUACACUAAAUCAGAAUUUUUCGCCAAAAUGUCCACUGUGUAAUCGCCAGACACCAUUACUCAUUCAGAUAUAUGCACCGGUUACAAAUUCUAUAUACCAUAGAACAUUAUAUAUCCAUGCAUGUGUAAGCCCUGGAUGUUGGAACAAAUCUCAAAGUUGGAUAUGUUUGAGACGACAGUGGGUCGCAGUAGAUGAUUAUGAUAAUAAGCAGCAGCCUACAACAUUUAUUGAAUGGUGUGAUGAUGCUGACGAUUGGGGUGAGGAACCUGUAGCUGUGGCUGAAGAAAAUGGUAAUAUUACUGUUCCAAGCCAAGCAAUUGAAAUAUGUGAUACUGCAAGUGCUGAGUUAGAAAAUUCUGAUGCUGAUGAUAAUGUUGUUGCUGAGCCAAUUGAAAUACCAAAUACAAAUUUUUUUCAAUUACUAGAUAGUAGAAAAGAAAUACCUUCAGAUCACUAUAAUAUGACUAUAUAUUUUGAGCCAUAUUAUAUAUCAGUAGCUUAUGAAGAAUCGUCUGAUACAGUAAAAGAGCAUGCAAAUAACUUAUUACACAGCUAUCAAAAUAAUCAAAUGAUUCUUGAAGAAAAGAAUGAAGGCUAUGAAAAAAGUUUACCAGCACAUGGUGAUAAGCUUUUUGAAACAUUUGCAUCAAUAAUAAGAAAAAAUCCUGGUCAAAUUUUACGGUAUUGUCGUACUGGAGGUAAACCUUUAUUUUUAUAUGAAGAAAGUGAACCAAAUGAAUGUACCAACUGUAAAGGUAAAUUAUUAUUUGAGUUACAAAUUCUUCCAUCAUUAAUUACAUAUUUGAAACUAAUAUGUGGAGACGAUCACCUUGGUAGUGGACACUUAGAAUUCGGAACAGCUCUAAUAUACACUUGUGAAAAUAAUUGCUGGAAUGAAGGAGAUACUUAUAAAUAUGAAUGUGUCAUUGUUCAAGAAGAAAAACUGUUUUAA